GACCACAGUCGGAAGGUAUACGAUAUACACUCAUGUUCAGGUUUUACUUCAAUAUAUGUCACAUGGACUCUUCCUGUGUAUAUCUUUGACAUGACAUAUAGGAUCGGUUGGUGCACACAUGGAAACUUGAAAAAAUCAAUAGACCUACCCACAAUUAAAUUUCGAUCCUUUGUUGAGUAACCAUGGGCGAGGAGAACCUACUACUCGAGUCGACAAGUCGGACCUACCGCGCGCGUUGGUGGAUUCUCAUGUUGUCUUCAUUCCAUUUCAUGCACCAGAAUGUCGGCCUCAACACGUGGGGACCAAUAGCCCAGUCUGCCAAAGGAGCCUAUGACUGGGAAGAUACAACUAUAGUGUUUAUCCUCAACAUGGGUCGAUUGGGAAGCAUCCUCUACAUCUGUAUCGGAUCAUAUUUACUAGACAAAGCCGGAUUACGUGUUGCAAUGAUAACAUAUUCAGUCAAUAUGUUAAUAAGUAAUAGUUUGCGGUCACUAAGCAAGAACAAGGAAGUCUCGUUUAUACUCAUUACCAUCGGUGAGUUUCUAAAUGGUUGUAAUGGAGUCACAUCAUUCGCAGCGCCACCUAUUUUAGCAGCAAGGUGGUUUCCACCUGGGGAACGAAUUACAGCCUCAGCAAUUAUGGUACUUUCUGCAUAUGUUGGGGACGGCUUAUCCAGUCUCAUAGGUCCAGUGAUUGUUGAGAAACCAAACUUUGCCAACAACAGCAUUGCGAAUGACUCGACACUGACAAAUGGUACUACAAGCGACUUGCUAGUUGCUAAUGCCGAUGAAAUCUUGGAUGAGGUGAUGAUCUUUCUCUAUAUACAGUGUGGAGUGUCGGCAGUGUUGAUGAUUGCGACUGUUGCAUACUUUCCUGAUAAACCGUCUUCAGCUCCCAGUACUUCAGCUGCAAUGUCCAGCCUCAACUACAGGGAAUCGUUCUGGAAACUCGUAACAAACAAACGGCUGGUGUUCCUGGUGCUUGUGUUCGGUAUAAUGGUUGGGGUAUACAUGUCCUGGAUCAUGGUAAUAGACAUCAUAUUCGACCCCAUGGGCAUAUCACAGUUGAACGCGGGAUGGAUAACGUUUUAUACCAUUAUAACGGGCAGUAUACUUGGGUUCAUUAUAGCAAGGUUUUCCGAUAUAUUCAUGAAGCGACUGAAGCCCAUUUUAUUAACUUUGUUUGUAUUCACCAUAACAGCCUUCUUGUGGAUCGCACUCAUAGCUAGUGAAAUCCUUCCUUAUUCUACAUGGCAGUUGUAUGUAUCCGCCAUUGUGGGUGGUUCCCUGCUCAACGCGUCCUUCCCGCUGUGGUACGAGAUUGUCAGCGAAAUGUCCUUCCCUAUACCAGGCGGUAUCAUUAAUGGAAUAUCAGAUGUCAUCUUCCUUAUCUUCGCCAAUGUCUUUUUUGUUCUCAUGUAUAUACCUGUAUCAGACUAUCGAUGGAUGACGUGGAUUAUGUUCGUGUGUUCCAUGCUAGGCUUUGUGACGUUGGUGUUUUUCCCUGUGACGUACAUUCGGACUGAUAUUGACUUGGAGGCUAAGGAAGUGAAUGACAAUCAAGGCAACGAACUCGACAACAUCACUCUGGGGGCCUCACAAAUGAUAGAAUGUACAAGUGAUAAGGAGAGUUAAAAGUACAACAAGGCCAAAAGUGUAAUUGUGAGACUUAACGUGAAUUGUGAGAUAUAAAGUGUCAUUGUGAGACAGAUUUUUUUAUGUAUAACAGUGAAUUAUCUUCUGAUAACAUGCACAAUAACAUGUACAUGUAUCGAUUUUGAUACAUGUACCGUGCGUUCCAAUUAGUAUUUGAAUAUGUGUUCAUUUUGUAACAUUUUUGUUCUAUAUUAUGCAAUAAUCAAAAUGGAUCGUCACUUGUAAUGCACUUUUAUCUUCAGAAUUUCUUUCAAAAUUUGAUCAGAUCUGUGCCGAACAAUCAAUAACCAUCAUAGAUUGUACUUUCACUGUGCUACUGCCUCAGGUUAGGUCUUUGAUUUUAUCAGCUCUGCCCUGUUUAAUAUCUUUUAGUUUAUUAAUUGUACUAGAUGUGUCCUGUACAACCAACUGCUGUCAUGAAUUUAACAAUGUGCUUUCUUAACCAUCAGCUUCCCUCAUAAAACUUAACAUAUCGCUUCUGAACCAUAGGUUACAUUAGUUUUGUUGCUAUUUUUACCACGCCUCUGCUGCGCUAUUUGUUUUAAUAAUUACUUGUACAAGACCUGUUAUGCACAAGGGGCCGCGAUGGGAAAGUGGUUAAGGCGUCUGACAUUCUGCUACCACUUGCUCC